CGAUCCUAGGCCCGGAUGGCGGCGGCAGCAGUAAGGGGCCCGGCGCAGGUCCGCAUGAACUCAGAAGUAACUAUGGAUCCUAAACAGGGGCAGGUGACCUUUAAGGACCUGUUCGUGUACUUCUCCCAGGAUGAGUGGGGACUCCUUGAUGAGGCUCAGAGACUCCUGUACCGUGAUGUGAUGCUCGACAACCUUGCUCUCAUGGCCUCGUUGGGACAUUCACCUUCCAUGUCGCAGGUGGUUGCCCCGCUGGAGCUGGGCAGGGAGCCCUGGGUCCCUGGCUGGGCAGACAGGACUCCAGCUGUGACACGAGAGGCUCAGCAUGGGUUCAGCCCUGGUUGUUGGCAUGGAGUGGAGGAGGAGGAGGUACCUUCUAAGCAGAGCGUUUCUGUAGAAGGAGUGUCGCAGGUCAGGACUCCACAGGCAGGUCCAUCCAACCAGAAGGCCCCUUCCUGUGAGAUUUGUGGCCCAGUCUUGAAGGACAUUUUGCACCUGGCUGAGCAGCAGAGUACACACCCCAUGCAGAAACCGUGCAUGUGUAUGGCAUGUGGGAGACAAUUUUGGAUCAGCGCAAACCUUCCCCAGCACCAGAAGCAGCACAGUGGAGAGAAACCCUUCAGAAAGGAUGACAGCAGCACCUUUCUUGUGAAGAGCUGCCGUAUCCACCCAUCAAAGACACUCGUUGUGUGGAAGGAUGGUUGUAAGGACUUCCCAGCCAGCUCGAAUAUUUUCCAGCACCAGGCCCCUCAGAGUGAGUGGAAACCACGCAGUAACACCAAGCAUGAGGAGACCUUCCCCACUGGACAAAAGCAUUACCAGUGCAGCGAAUGUGGGAAAGUCUUCAGCCGCAAAGACUCGCUUGUUCAACACCAGAGAGUCCACACUGGAGAAAGGCCUUAUGAGUGUGGCGAAUGUGGGAAAACCUUCAGCCGCAAACCUAUACUUGCUCAGCACCAGCGGAUUCACACUGGAGAAAUGCCAUAUGAGUGUGGCAUAUGCGGGAAAGUUUUUAAUCAUAGCUCCAACCUCAUUGUUCACCAGAGAGUCCACACGGGAGCCAGACCUUACAAGUGCAGCGAGUGUGGGAAAGCCUACAGCCACAAAUCCACACUUGUACAGCACGAGAGUGUCCAUACCGGAGAGAGGCCUUAUGAGUGCAGCGAAUGUGGGAAAUACUUUGGUCACAAGUACAGACUCAUUAAACAUUGGAGUGUUCACACUGGGGCAAGGCCUUAUGAGUGUAUUGCAUGUGGGAAGUUCUUUAGCCAAAGCUCUGACCUUAUUGCCCACCAGAGAGUUCACAAUGGUGAAAGGCCUUAUGUGUGUGAUGACUGUGGAAAAGCCUUUAGCCACAAACAUGUACUCAUUCAGCACCACAGAAUUCACACUGGAGAAAAGCCGUUUAAGUGUAGUGAAUGUGGAAAAGCCUUCAGGCAAAGGCCUUCCCUCAUUCGGCACUGGAAAGUUCACACUGGAGAAAGGCUUUAGGAAGAGAAACCCUAUAAAUGUAACAAACAUGGAAAAGCCUUCAGCCACAUGAUGGCCCUUAUUUGACACCAGGGAAUCCAUACUAGAGAGAAACCGUAUAUUUCUAACAAAUGUGGGAAAGACUUCUGGAAUAGUUGAACACUUUCUCAAUAUUAGAGAAUUCAUACUGGAGAGAAGCCCUAUGAAUGUAAUGAGUGUGGAUAUGCUUUUGCUCACAGUUCAUCCCUUAGUCAACAUGUGAAAAAUCAUACAGGCAAAAAACCUGUCAGAGUAAACUCUCUGAGUCUGUUGAAAUAA